AUGUCUAACACUGUUGUCACCGUGUUUGUGAUUGAGAUGGGUCCCGCAGGCCUUCUGUGCGCCCUAUCCGACUCACUCGGGUGGCGCUCCUUCUUUAGGCUUGGAACGCAAUACGGCAACGCCGAUGGAGUCCAGCCACGAACCUUGGAGAUAUGGGAUACCUAUGGCAUUCUCAGAAGGUUCGUCGAUGGCUCUGCACCUGUGCAUGCGAUGGUGACAUAUAACCCGGAAGUUGACAAUGGUCACUUGAAGCUUGUACGGACACGACCAGUCCGCAACGUUGUCGUAGACAGUAGAUUCCCAUACGAGCGAGCGGCAGCCAUCGAACAUAUUGAAGGGAGAUUGCGAGAAGCGCUCCUGGAAGCUGGUGGAACCAUCCAAUACAGUACCACUAUAGAGAAGGAAGUAGUGAAAUGUGUCGGAGUGCUCAAGCAUGCGGUCUUGUACACAAUUCUUGAUAACGGCAAAGACAAGGUCCAAUGGACGGAUGUUUCGAGGGUACUACGGUCUUGGAAGUGUGUCUUCAUUAGUAACCAAAAGAGCUCGCCAAAUGUAUACGAAUUAUUGGGAGUUCCUCAGCGAGGUGCCGUCAUUGUGGUGCGGCCUGACGACUACGUUUCCAUGGUCCAAGAAAUAGUCAAGUUCAACGGCGAUGAACUGACUGGCUUCUUCCUCGGCCUGUAA